UUUAACUUUCUGCUCGACUUUGGUAGUUUGGAUAAAAUGAGGACUGUUUUGACAAAAUUGGCUGAUCAGAUUUUGCUUUCAACAUACAGACAAGUCUUUCCAGGAUGGUAUACCUUGCCAUCCAGAGCAGUAACUACAAGGUACUGGGAUGGAGAAAAAUUUGUAGAAAUGGAAACCGCACCUGAUUUAAGUGCUUCUGAUGAAGUUCCCAAAGGAGAGAAACUGAAAGAAGAAUCAGAGAAAAUUCUGAAUAAGCUUGGAGAGGAUGACCCACGUGUGAAACCCAGAGCCUCAGUACAAGGGGCCCCAAGGGGACUGAAAUACAGAAAGAAGUAUGUUGAGGCCCUGAAAAGUAAAGAAAAAAUUGAGGAAAGUUACAGCAUUGAAAAAAUUGAAAAGAUACUUAGUGAAAUGGUGAUAGCUCAGCAACAAAACCAGCAGGCAGAGAGAGGGGAUGGUAUUCAAGAUGAGUUCUCACUUAUAAAGAAUGAAAGACCUCCCAAUCCAUAUGCCACAAAGCAACGAAAGUGCAUUCUUUGUGAAUAUGAUGUCCAUCUUGAUUACAAGAAUGCUCGUUUGCUGAGUCAGUUUGUGUCACCCCACACUGGGAGGAUAUACAAUAGAGGGACCACAGGACUUUGUACACCAAUGCAGAAACAUGUAGCCAGUCUUAUCAAAACAGCUAGAGCAUUUGGUUUCAUGCCUUUUCUCAACAAAAGAAUGGAAUUCAAAGAUGAUCCCGACAUAAGAUCAAAAGAGAUUUAAUGUGAAUAACUUGGUUACUCAUGUGUUUAAUAAAUGAUAAUACAGUCAAA